GGCGUUUUAGGGGGUUUUUGUUUGUUUGCUUUUUCUCCACAGGCUUCUGCAGCUCUUGCUGGAGGACAGCUGGUGUGACUGCACACUAGAAACCAUCUAGGAUGUCCUCUGCAGCAAAGAGAGGGCAUGUACAGAGAACGUGGUUUGGUUCGCGUUUGGGGUUAGACUAUAGAUUCAAGAGCUUCUUCGAUACAGCUUGAGUACAGAGGCAAAGAAAGGAUCAGUUUUUUGGAUGUGAAGCAGUAAACUUUCAUCCAUUUGCUUGGAAGCCUGUUCUGUGGGGAAUGGCGAGAAAUCUACCCACAUCUUUCUUCAUCUAGGUUUGACUCAACAAUCAGAAGUGAAAAACUGUCUUCUCAAUGGAAGAUGACAAUGAACCUGAGCAGAGCUGCUGGGCUCAUCUACCUGAUGUCUGUCUGAGGUGUGUCUUCCAUUGGUUAGACAACAGGGACAGAUCUUGGGCUGCCUUGGUCUGUAGAAGAUGGAAUUGGGCCCUGUACUCAGGAUCCCUCUGGAGGAGCAGAACCAUCACAUUUUAUGGCCGAUCAUCAAGGGCACACACGUUGGAGCUUCAGAGUGCACUGAAGUGUGUCAAGAAAUUUAUCAAGUAUUUGGAGCACCUUGAAGUCAAAUUAUUGAAUCCUUACAAUACUACUUUUACCCAAAAAUUUCAAGUGACUAUGAAAAGUCUUCUUUCACACCUGGGUGAGUGUAACAGUCGCCUAGUAUCCGUGAGCAUCAAGUACCUGGAAUUAGACCGCUUGGUCUGGAAAAAUGUGGUGAGGGUUCAGUUUAUCAAGAACUUAGCUACCUUCCCGAAAAGAAUGAGCAAACAGCUUGAUUACUUAAAAGGAGCAAGAGUAACCUUGGAAGAAGGCUGUGAUCUUCUGAAUUCUCUGACCUGCUUGAGAGAUAAAAGCUUUAUAUCUGAAAUCAAUAUUGAGGAUUUCUUUUGUCUCCACCUUCCUGUCUACAGCAGCACCUUGUUCCACCAAACUAUGUCCAAGUUCCAUAGCCUGGUCAUCCUGACUUUCAAUUAUAACUGUAUCUCUGAUGAACUGCUGGACAUCCUGCAGGAGCAGAGCACUCAUUCUUUGUGCACCUUGAAUAUCAAAUGUCAUAUCCAUGACCCUCAUGGACAAGUGGUCUGGGGAAUGUCAUGGGCAAACUUGGCCAAGAAAGCCCCAAAACUGAAUGUGAACUUCUUCUUUGAAAGAGUCAUGAACCAUGAUCACCUAGCCAAGAUCCUGCUAGUGGAGAUCCCAGUCAGGAGCAUCAGUCUAUGGAGCUGCUAUUUCAGUGACCCAGACUGGACAAUGAGACCUACCCUCACCAACCUCCUCCCAGCCUACUGUCAUGUUCUGCAGAAGUUAACACUUGAGUUAAACAAUGACCAUCAGCUGCUGGACGAUGAGCUGUUACAGCUCAUCUUAUCAUGCAAGAAGUUGUUAUUUCUUGAAAUAUGGGCAUUUCUAAGUGUUACCUUUAUGGAGAGGCUGCUACAAAACUGUGCAGAAAGGAAAUGCAUUUUGACUACCAUAAAGGUGAGGAUUUACACAGCCCAUGUAGACACUAGUGAGGGGGAUCGGCUGUUGCACCAUAUUUACAGGAAGUUCAAAUACCUGAUUGACUCAGAGCUUAAUUAUUUUGUCAUCACCUACCCAAUGGUGUAAAUCACAGGGAGAGAGAAGAACACCCAGUGACAUCUGCAAGCAAUGAAUGGAUCCUUUGGAAGGCAUUAGUAAGGGAUUUGAAUCUUGACAGCAGUGCCUCUGAAAAACACUGUUACAGCAAGAGAGAAGUAAGGCACAAUUUUACAGUCCAUGCAUUAAAAUGUUGGACUUGUGAACCA